AACCAACCCCAACAAAUUUACUUCCCCCUCAUCCUUCAUCUCGAUUGUCCACUCUCGUCGAGUUACUAACUACUUAAAUAUUUAUGACUAGCAGGAUGCAGAUCUCCUACAGCGAAUCACAAACCGCCUUGCUCUCCCCUCCUUCAUCAUCAGCAUCAUCUGAUUCAAUCCCACAACUCACCCAAUCCAUCCAUCAACUCCCACCAUCCUCAACCGGCGGUACUCAGACCACCCCCAAGAACCACCACUCACUCACCAUCAACACUAACAACUGCCACCAACAACCCCCAGCAGAUCAUCACUCCAACAACCGCCCCAGUUCAAAUCACACAAUGUCUCUGACCAUCAACACCACUGCCACUGCCACCCAUCACAACAACAACAACAACAACAACAAAAUGUUCUCACUCGAAACCCCUCCACCCUCAAACUCACAGUCAUCAACCCCUUCAUCAGCCGCCACCUCAUCCACUCCCACCUCAACCACUCCCACCCACUUCAUCCAUCAGAAGAGCUACUCAUCCUCCUACUCAUUCCCGAUCGUCAACUUCAACUCCCCCACUCCACCAUCAACAACAGCCGAUAGAUCAGACUACUUUGACCACAAUCUCCCCUCACCCACGCGCAUUCAUCAGCAGCAGCAGCAGCAGCAGCAGUCCCCUAAACCUAUUCGACCGGUCCAUCAGAAGGCUCAAUCUGAGAGCGUCAUGAGGCUCGAACUACCCCUCAGGUUUCCCUCCUCCUCCUCCUUAACCUCUCUCGAUAACAUACCCAUGUUACGAAAGAAAUCCGGAGAGGUCGUUAGAUCCUCACUCAAGCUCUCAUCCAACCAGGGCUUUGCCUCUUCUUCCUCCUCCUCAAUCUGUUCAUCCUCCAGAUCUAGUUCAUACUCCAACAGUCGGAGCGCCCCAUCUACUCCCACCCAAGGCCCCAAGGCCGUCCAUUUCGAUGCCCAUCUCGAACAUGUUCGACACUUCUUAUCCCAGCAGAGACCGAUUGCGGUCAGUCGAGACGGAUCGCCCAUCGAAACGGAGACCGAAGGAGAAGAAGAAUACCCGUUCCCUGACCUGCUCAACUCUGAUGAUCAUCGUCAUUCUGAUCGCUCCAAACUGGUGAUCGAACUGCCCAAUAUGCCUCUCCAUCCUAGACUCACUCUGCUCAAUAAGGUUUGUCUCAAGUCCCUCGAGCUCGCUACCGAUGGCAAGAACCUCAAAGGUACCGUCCUCGUCGAGAACCUCAGCUUCGAGAAACGGGUCGCCGUCCGAUUUACGUUUGAUAGUUGGCAAACGGUCUCAGAAGUCACUGCGGAUUAUCUCAGCAGCUGUCCUCCUGUCCCUUCCCCUCCUAAAUCCACCACCACCACCUCUUCUUCGAUAAAAGGGGGACCCAGUCCGGCGGCUGAUUUGUUCGGCUUCACCAUCAAAUUGCAAGACGUUCUGGCUAGGAUCCACCAACGCGAAAUGGAGAUCGCCGUCCGUUACUUGGCCAAUGGGGGCGAGUUUUGGGAUAAUAAUUCAAAUGCGAAUUAUCAUGUCAAGUUCAAGAUGCUUCGUCAUGGAGGAAACAAUCCUCAUCAAGCUUCUUCCAACAAUCAACAACAACAACAACAACAAAUGGGCUUAUCGACCAGUAACGGCACAACACCAACCACAACGACGACCAAUGGACAACCGCAGAACAGGAAGACUCGGGGUGAUUCGUCUGACCCUUCAGGUCCGUGGGCGACCACCUUGAGGGCCGAAUUGGACCGGCUAGUCGGCGACGAUCUGGGGCUUUCCUCUUCCUCUGGAAUUGGCGGGCUUCCGGACGGGGUGAUCAAGAAGAAGAAGACCCACUCGAGCUCGUUUUCUUCCUUUGGUGCAGCUGGAGACUCUAAAGCAGACUUCAUGGGCAAUGCUACUGGGAAUCUUGGGCAUUUCAGGGCCGGCUCGGCACUCUCGGCUCGCUACGAUUUUGGACUCUCGCUCAAACAGGCCGCCGCCGUCAAACAUCUUCAAUCUUCGACCCCGUCUAAUGGGAUGGCAAAUGGAAAGAUUGGUGUUGGGAAUACUCAUCGGUUCACCCCAGCGAUCCCGCUGCCGAUCUCUAACGUCCCGGUCGAAUGGAUCGGGAUCAACUCGACCAACCCUCAUCAUCGGCCUUCUCCGUCUGCUGCUUCGGCUGGUGGGUUCUUAAACUCGUUCGAUCUCUCCGAUCACCGUCCGCCGGUCCAUCCUCUUCAUUACCAGCCUCCUGAGUCGCUCACCUACCACUCCACAGCCAGCAAUAAACCCGGGCUUAGUAAGCGUUGGCAUUCUAGUGCUCCAGCCGUUCAUCAGCCCAUCGUUCAGAUCCCUUUGCUCCCCCCUUCGCCCCCUCAAGAACCGUCCUCUUCUGAUGCUCCCACCCCCACCACCGAUACUUCUUCUUCUUCUUCUAGCAAUACUACUCCUACCAGUUCUGCUGCCUCUGCUGACCCUUCUUCAGCCGCCGGGUUCUCGGCGUUCCUUAACUCCGGCAUCGUCACGCCUCAGUCUCCCUCUUUGACUGACGAUUCCAUUUGAUUUCUUCUUAUCGCUUUUUUUUGUUUCUUUUUUUUUGUCUUUUUUUUUCUCUCUCUUUGGUUUUUUGCAUCCCCCUCCCCCCUCACCCCCUCCUCUUUUUCUUUUUCGUCGUCGGCCUCGGGCUUCUUUAUCUCUUCUUAGUCAAUCAAACAGUCAAUCAAUCAAUCAAUCUCACGAUCUAUCUAUCCAACAACCCAUCCUAUCUAUACUUAGAUAGUCAGUCACUUCUUUAUAUAUCUUAUGUAGUCUUCUUCUUCUCGAACUUUCUCGCUUCAAAUCAAUCAAUCACGGCUCCUUCUUUUUUUUUUGUAUUAUCCUCCUCUAUCUUCUUUCUUCAUCUCUGCUCUUCAUCUCUG